AUGAUAGAGAUAAAGACACUCGGGCUCAUUUUCUUCAGCUUUUCAUUGCUUCACGGUUUUGUUGCAGCAUUGAACUGCACCAGCCCAGGUCCUGAAUCCUUGUUUGAUGCACUUGAGAGAGAACUAUUUCCUAGAAAACUACUGCGACCUGUAAAACGCUUUUCAGAUACACUGAAUGUAUCCAUCACUAUCACUGUGGUGGGAAUUUUAGAAUUGAAUGAAAAAACCCAGGCCUUGACAAUGUUCAUUUUGCAAGUCCUGGAGUGGGAUAUAGCGGGACUGAGCUGGGAUGAGGAGGAAUGUGGAACUACUAGAGUCUCUGUCCCUCGAGAAAAGCUUUGGAUCCCCGACGUCCAAAUCCGAGAGUUCGUGCACGAGGACGAAUCUCCCCAAACUUCCUCUGUCUACUUAUACAACACAGGUCAUGUAUAUGAUGAUAAACCCAUCAGAGUGGUCGCCACCUGCAAAUUUGUAAUCUACACUUUCCCCUUUGAUAUCCAAAACUGCUCGCUGACCUUUAAACCAUAUCUGCACGUUGCUGCAGACGUAAGGAUGAUUCAGAGCACCACAGCUGCAGAGAUCCUGGAGGAGUCCAGACAAGUGAUGCAGAUCAAAGGGGAGUGGGAGCUUGUAGAUAUCAAAUCAGCUCCAAUUAACCUGAAGAUGACCAAUGGCAGCAACACUGGGGUCAAAUACCAUAUCAUUUUAAGACGUAGGCCACUCCUCUAUGUGGUGAACCUCCUGAUCCCCAGCUGCUUCCUCAUCACAGUGGACCUCUUCAGCUUCCUGCUGCCUCCCCACAGUGUGGACCGGUCCUCCUUUAAGAUGACCCUCAUCCUGGGCUACACUGUUUUCCUGCUCAUCAUGAAUGACUUGCUGCCUGUCACUGGAAAUGCAACACCUCUCAUGAGUGUCUUCUUCUCAGUCAGUCUUGCUCUGAUGGUGGCCAGCCUGUUGGAGACAGUGUUAAUCACUAAUAUCCAGUUCAGCUCCAGCCAGUACAGUGCAGCACCUAGAUGGCUCAGUGUCCUUGUGCUACGAUAUCUAGCUGUUAUCGUUUGUCUCCCUCCAAUAAAGAAGAGCAACCGUGUUACAGUCUCUCUCCACCCACCUGCUGCAGCAAUGAGUCCCAUCAUCAUCUCUUCAAGAGAUCUUCCGAGCGUCUCUGGUGAUACACCUCCAGCGAACACCCCUCCGGUGCCAGCCCUGGAUCAACUGAGGAAGCUGAGCAAAGAUCUCACGGCCAUCCGCCUCCAGAUAGACAAACACUUCCAGGGGAACAGUGCCUCGCAGGAAUGGCAAAUGAUUGGGGCAGUCAUUGACCGUUUCCUGUUCGGCUUGUACCUUGUCUUUAUUUUGGCCUGCUUUGUCACCAUUGUAUGUAUCUGGAUCUGGAGUCAGGCACACGUAGGUUGACCUGAUGGAAAGGAUUAAUCACACAGUUGACUUGAUCAUCAGCAAAAGUUUGACCAGUUAGCAGCUUACAGUUAGGGAGACAAAAUUAAAUAAACAUGUAUUUGAUGUUUUUUUUCAGUAGUUUUUGUAGAAUAUUUAAAAUGUAAUUAUUUGAUGCAGGGAAACAAAAUGAUAUGCAGAAAAUGGCCAGUAAGAACAGCAGGAGGACCUUUUUCAAUGUAUGUAUAGAUACCAACUGUUUUUUAGAGCAGACUCAGGGCAAAAAAAACAACUGUGAACUAACCAAUAUUUAUUUUAUUACCUUUGUUUAUUUGAGAGAUUCUGAUAUACUGUAGAUCCUGUAUUUUAAAAUGUUAUGUGUACACUUCAAGCUUAAAGCACCAAAAAAGUAUAUCUGAAAAGCUCAACAGCAAUGUCUCCUUCCAUAAAUCAUCAUGAGUUACUCAAGAUAACCCACUGACCUUGCUAUGAGCAGUUUCAUGUAGGAAGUAUUUUCCUUCUACCAAAAUGCACCCACCAACUGUAUUACCACACAGAAGGAAGCG